GCGGGCUCCGGAGUGGCCCGGAAGGUUUGCUCGUGCUCAGAAUGACAGCUGCCCUACGUCUGUUUCUGUCGUCGUCGUUGAUGUGAGGGAGGUGGCGCCUUGUUUUCUUUCCUGGAGACGAUUGGCGUUUCUGUGCCACAGACGGAAGGUACUUGGAGGCCUCUUGUUGGCUCGCGGUUGUUCCUUUGGCAUUUUUAUCCAUGUGUGGGAGUUGGAUCUGCAGUGAUUUUGUAAUGGGUGUGGCCACACCGUGGAAGAAAGUAGCGAACGGGGGAAACUGGAGACCCUGGAGAGACACCGUCUCACACUGAUGCUUUCUUGCUCCACCAGGAAAGCCAAAAUGAUGAAUUCUUUCUGAUUUCUCUGACACUGUGUGAAAGAAGACACUCAGGAUGGCUCAGGGGUCCGGGGAUCAGCGAGCAGUGGGGACUGCUGACCCAGAGGAGAGUUCCCCCAACAUGAUUGUCUACUGCAAGAUUGAAGACAUCAUUACAAAGAUGCAAGAUGACAAGACAGGGGGUGUGGCCAUCAGAACAGUCAAGAGUUUUCUCUCCAAAAUCCCGAGUGUUGUCACAGGUACUGACAUUGUGCAGUGGCUUAUGAAGAACCUCUCGAUCGAGGACCCAGUUGAAGCAAUACACUUGGGCAGCCUCAUAGCCGCCCAGGGCUACAUCUUCCCAAUCUCAGACCAUGUGCUCACCGUGAAGGACGACGGCACCUUUUAUCGUUUCCAGGCUCCUUACUUCUGGCCUUCGAACUGUUGGGAACCUGAAAACACUGACUACGCCAUUUAUCUCUGUAAGAGGACAAUGCAGAAUAAAGCAAGGCUGGAGCUGGCAGAUUACGAAGCAGAAAACUUAGCAAGACUCCAGAGGGCCUUUGCGAGAAAGUGGGAAUUCAUCUUUAUGCAAGCAGAAGCACAAGUCAAAAUUGACCGAAAAAAGGACAAGACGGAGAGGAAAAUUUUGGACAGUCAAGAACGGGCCUUUUGGGAUGUCCACCGGCCAGUGCCAGGUUGUGUGAAUACAACCGAAAUGGAUAUCAGAAAAUGUCGACGUUUGAAGAACCCACAGAAGGUUAAAAAGUCAGUGUACGGCGUAACGGAAGAGUCCCAGUCGCAGAGCCCUGUGCACAUCCCCAGCCAGCCCAUCAGGAAAACUACAAAAGAGGACAUCCGGAAACAGAUAACAUUUUUGAAUGCACAGAUUGACAGACACUGUUUGAAAAUGUCCAAAGUGGCUGAAAGCCUAAUCGCUUACACGGAACAGUACGUGGAAUAUGACCCUUUCAUAACGCCAGCAGAGCCAUCCAACCCUUGGAUCAGCGAUGACAUCACUUUAUGGGACAUAGAGAUGAGCAAAGAGCCCAGCCAGCAGCGGGUAAAGAGAUGGGGCUUCUCUUUUGACGAGAUACUGAAGGACCAGGUGGGGCGGGACCAGUUCCUACGAUUCCUGGAGUCUGAAUUCAGUUCAGAAAACCUCAGGUUCUGGCUGGCUGUCCAAGAUCUCAAGAAACAGCCCCUCCAGGAUGUGGCCAAGAGGGUGGGAGAAAUCUGGCACGAGUUUUUAGCCCCAGGGGCCCCAAGUGCGAUCAACUUGGAUUCUCACAGCUACGAGAUAACCAGUCAAAACGUCAAAGAUGGCGGGAGAUACACGUUUGAAGAUGCCCAGGAGCACAUCUACAAGCUGAUGAAAAGUGACAGUUAUGCCCGCUUCCUCCGGUCCAAUGCUUACCAGGACCUGCUGCUGGCCAAGAAGAAGCCAGAAAGUGAGCAAGGCCGUAGAACUUCCCUAGAAAAGUUCACUCGCAGUGUGUGCUGCUGGCGCAGAGUCAGAAUGGCCGCUGCAUUUCACCCCCGAGGUGGCUUCCUUCCAGCAGUGGGGAAAGUCGCUGGCGGGCAAGCGCCUCACCGGCCUGAUGCAGUCCUCCUGACGGUCCCCGGCGCCGGGCAGGGGCCCGGGCCUGCAGAGCUCGUGGGCAGGCGGCGGCGCUCCACAUCCGCGGACAGAGUUUCCUUGCACGGAGAUCUGGUCACUGUGAAGGAGAAAGAGUGAGGGCCGUGGAGGGCAGAGGUGGGGACGCUCGGUGGGUGAACAGGGAGACCCGAAGGAAAGCGUCCACGGAGCCCGGGCCGGCCAGGAGAGGCCCCUGUUUACAACCUCAUCCUUGUACAGUCGUGGGCCAGCGCUCCCGGUCAGGGGAGAGCGGCUCAUGGGGUUCCCGGCCAACCGCACUUGAGCUGAUAUCCUUGAUAUCCUCACUCCUCCAACUGUGGGGCUCAUGCCUCGCGGCAAACACAGAAGGGACAGCGGACCUUGGGGACAUCAGUAUUACGCAUCGCCUCCCUGCUCUCUCCCCGGGGCACCCGCUUGGGCACCAUAGGUAUGGCCACUGUGGCCCAUCAUCGCCUGCCUCUCCCACUCCCUGUGGCCGCCCAGGCGUAAGGGGCCAGCGCCAGGCACCACGCUCACGUACAGUGUCCCAGUCUCAUCCUCAGCACUAAGGCAACCUCACCUCAAGUCCCCGAGGAGCUCUCCCUGGGCACGACGGCUGCCCCUCAGCCCCGUCAAGGGUCUCAAAGGUCCAACGCCUGCGGAGCCACUGAUUCUCGUGAAAGACUGUCUGUCCAACAUCCAUGGGGGUUCUGAGGACCGUCUUUUAAAAAAUCAUUUCCUCUAUCCUGUUUUUGCCCCUUGCUGGUUUUCCUCAAAAUAAAUACGGCCACAGACUUGGGAGCUAUUAGGGCUCUCCCCUGCACAGCCCCAGGUGGAGGAUGGGAGGGUAUCCAGCCCAGGAGGUGGCCGGGUUGCAGGAGUGACAGCCCCUACAUGAAGGCAUCCUGCCAAGCACAGUCAGACCCUUGCGGGGUCAGGCCUCAGCCCUGCCUGAAGCUGAGGCAAAGUACAGUUGGGCAGGUCCAUGCCAGAGCCACAUCAUUCCCUUCCCAGGCUGGAUGUGAGGGCCCAGCCAAAGAACCCCGCUAAACAAAGCCAGUUGCCUAAGAGAAAGCAAAAGCUGCAGAAACCUACAAAAGACACCCCGUAUCCCCUUGCGUGUGUGUCACAAUGCCUCUUUGCCAACCGAGCUGUGAGGUCGUGUAUGUAAAGCACCAAGUCAGAAGCCGGACGUGUAGUAGAUGCUUAGCAAGUGGUAGCGAAUACUGUCAUUGUCACUGUUAUUGUGAUACCUGCAAGCCCUCGGAAACAGCUGUACUAAGCAACUGGUUUUCUAAUUCAGACACCCCCACACACACCUGCUAUGAUGAUCCACCUUUGAUCUAUUUUUGGGCACCGGCGAGAUAAGUCUCCCUUUCGGGUGUAUAAACAGACACAAGGAAACAAGUGACCCCUGGUGUUUCUUUACGCAAGAGGCAGAUUCACCAGCUGGUGACUGAAAGCUCAAACGCUUGUUUAGAGUCCUGGCCUCCUGGUUGCUUCCCUGUGACCCAGCUUUCCAGCUCCCACCUCUGAGUCCUUCCUGUGUCUGCUUCCACCCAGCCCUAUCCCCAGGCCCCGGCCGCCUGUCCCCACAUUGGAGCCACCUGGGCAGUAGGAGUCCUCAUUAUGGUUUGUCCUUAUAGAUUUUUGACCACUGCACCUCCACUGUCCCCCCUGGCGGUAGUUCCCCUCUCUUUCAGAUAUAGUGCAAAUCACAGAGAUGAUGUGUUGGGUUCUCCAAAUAUCUCCAAAGGUGGCAAUAUAGAGCCAGGUCCCCGGUGGACUCCCGUGCGCUCGGCACAAAGCCUGGCAGUUUGCAGAUACUUGGUCGUCACUUGAUGAGCAAAUGAAUGUAAUGAGCCCUACCCCCCAGCCGUGGGGUCUUCCAAUUGCUCUUCUCCUCGUAUCACCUUUUAAUCUCCUUCUCGGUCAUGCACGCCUCCUGCUUCAGAACGAAUCAUAGUCCAAGUUCAUCUGCACCCAGCUUUGCCCAAGGAAAGCUCUUUUCUACCCAGGGUCCCUGGCUGUGCUGCCACCGAGGCAGCGGUAGACAAGGGUGUCAUCAAACAACCUCACCUCCGAGCCCUCGGUUAUCCAGGGCAAGAGACCUGGCUGCCUCCUGCCCCUCCCGUGGGCUUUAGGGGGCAUGCUAAGCCAGGCUGUAGACAGGGGAGGGGUGGCUCCCUGGCCACGACUUGUGUGCCCCUCUCACCCCCAAAUUCUUGGCUGCUGUUCCUGACCCGUGCUGGCCUGAGAACUGGCCUCAUUCUGGAGCCAGGUGGACUGUGGCCCUGAGAUCAGGUGGAAGGCUUCCAAACACCUCUGGGGACAUCCGAAGGGGGCGGAGGGCCAGUAGGCUCAGUAGAGGUAAGGACACUUCGGGUCGACUCAAACCCAGGGCAGCAAGCUUCCCACCCUCACCCCAUAACAGAGGCAGGCUGCGUCCUGUGACUACCACAACAUGCUCCUCAGUAGCUCGGCGAGGGCUCGCAAGAAGGAAGUGGAACAAGUUCUCUCCAACCAAGCGGACCACUCCAAGAUCAGGCUACCGUGCAGACCUCGUAAUGGAAAGAUUUAGAAAAUUAGGUCUUGGCCAGGUUCCGAGCAGCUUGAUCUAGACAGCCAAACACCCAGGCUGGAUAAGAGGUUUGAAGAUAGUUCUUUAGCAAAACAGACCUCCCUGCCCUGCUCUGCCCUCUAGCAGCCACCUGAGGUCCCCUGAGCGGGUAUCUCCCUGGGUCUGAAACUUCUCACCCUGAGGGUUCACGAGGAAGAUAUCAUUUUGCAGCCCCACAGCCGAAGCAUCAGGGCAGUCUUUACAAGUGGCCUCCAACCCAUCCGUGCUAACGCACAAGGCACCAGGCGCGGAGCAUGUGACUGAGAUAACCUUCCCCUGCGUGGGGAAGGUAAACUGGUAGGUUGGGUGUAUAAAUGUCUGGCAGCAGCCAGACAACCUGACCCAUGCAGCUAGAGCUCUCUGGGCUGCGGAGAAGCAUCCUGCCCUUCCAGACAGCAGUGCAGCAGCUUUGUUCUCCUGAGAAGCUACUGCUGUACCCUAGAAACAAGGAGACACAGCUGCCAGGGCAACUGACAGGGCCCAAGUCCGGCUCCCCGCUGUGGUGGCCAGGGCCGGGCCAGCAUCCUGAAAGGGCCUCCUGUGACUCUGAGUUGCUGUUCAGACUCGCUCACGGGGCCAUGCUCUGAGGGUUCUUCCCUGCAGGCUUCCUGGCAUGUUCAAACUACCUCACCAACAGAACACCGAGCCAGGAGCCUGCCCCGCUUCCUGAUUGCGGAACUUGAUGUCUUUCCCUAGAAAAGCAUCCCUCGAAUUCUACCCCCAAAUACCCGGGCUUCAAAAGCCGCCACCAGGAAGCCUUCCCAGAAAGUAGAAAGGAUUGAGGGCUGUUGGUCUCUAGGCCUUGCGGGAUGCAGUGGAGGGAGAUGUUCCAGCAGGUUCCAGGAGCUAGGAAGCCCUGGGGUGGAGGGAGAUAAGUGUCACGAGCCUCUAAAAGAAUUUGGCUAAGGUGACUAUGCAGCGAGGACCACGGACUAGUCAAACAGUGGCCAAAUAAAUCACUAAUAACUCACCACGGGACCCUCCGAAGAGAGGCCUGUGCUUGUGUAACCAUGGCAACAGCAGAUGCCAGCAACCUACUCAUUAGUGCCACCCAGUGAUAAGUCAUCCCCUGGGCAAGACCCAGGGGCCAUAAAGUAGCAAAGUAGCAAAUGUAGCAAUAAGGGCUCCAGGGCCCUAAAGGGGCAGGGUCCAAAUGACUGGGGCUCAGCCCUCUCCUCAGCCCUAGUGAGGGCUCAGAGCCAGCUACUGUCAGCUGUCUGUGGAGGGGAGGCCCUGCUCACAGUGAGGGCUCCUGUCCUGUAUUCUAUGCCCACUCACCGCAUGAUCACAGACACGUUGGAAUGGCCUCCUCAUAGUGCAUGUGGUUCUCAUUAGUUUAUUUUUCUGGAAUUUGGGGAUUGGACCCCAGAACCAAACAUGCUGGUAACAGUCUAAAAAUAAAUGACUUGAACCCACUACUGUC